AUGACUGCUGUUCACGCAGGCAACAUAAACGUCAAGUGGGACCCCAAAAGUCUAGAGAUCAGGACUCUGGCAGUUGAGAGACUGUUGGAGCCCCUUGUUACACAGGUUACAACCCUGGUAAACACCAAUAGUAAGGGGCCCUCUAAUAAGAAGAGAGGUAGUUCCAAGAAGGCCCAUGUUUUGGCUGCAUCUGUUGAACAAGCAACUGAGAAUUUCUUGGACAAGGUAGAUAAAAUUGCGAAGGAGAACCAGUUUCUCAAGGAGGAGCUUGUGGCUGCUGUAGAAGAUGUUUGAAAACAAGGUGAUUUGACGAAGACUGUUGCGGGAGAGUUCGCAGAUGAUCCCUGCUCUUCUGUGAAGCUAGGCAACAUGGUUUGGGCAGCUUGAGCUUUGCUCUCUGCUGUUACCCAGUUGCUGAUUUUGGCUGACAUGGCAGAUGUCUACAAAUUACUUGUUCAGCUGAAAGUUGUGGAAGAUGCUAUCUUGAAGUUGAGGAAUGCUGGCAAUGAACAAGACAUAGGAAUACAGUAUAAAGCCCUAAAACCUGAAGUGGAUAAGCUGAACUUUAUGGCAGCCAAAAGGCAACAAGAACCGAAAGUUGUUGGCCAUCAUGAUCAGAUGGCUGCAGCUAGAGAAAUCCUGCAGAAGAAUGUUCCGAUCCUCUAUACCACAUCCCAGGCAUGCCUACAGCACCUUGAUGUCACAGCCUAUAAGGCCAAUAGGGACCUGAUAUACAAGCAGCUGCAGCAGGCAGUCACAGGCAUUUCCAAUGCAGUCCAGGCCACUGCCUCAGACGAUGCCUCCCAACACCAGUGGGGAGGAGAAGGAGAACUGGCAUAUGCACUCAAUAACUUUGAAAAACAAGUCAUUGUGGACCCCUUGAGCUUCAGUGAGGAGUGCUUUAGGCCUUCCCUGGAGGAGGGCCUGGAAAGCAUCAUUAGCGGGGCUGCCCUGAUGGCUGACUCAUCCUGUACACGUGAUGAUCGUUGUGAGUGAAUUGUGGCAGAAUGUAAUGCUGUUCUCCAGGCCCUGCAGGACCUGCUUUCGGAGUACAUGGGCAAUGCUGGACGUAAAGAAAGAAGUGAUGCACUCAGUUCUGCAAUAGAUAAAAUAACCAAGAAGAACAGGGACUUGUGUAGACAGCUCCGCAAAGCUGUCAUGGACCAUGUUUCAGAUUCUUUUCUGGAAACCAGUGUUCCACUUUUGGUAUCGAUUGAAGCUGCAAAGAAUGGAAAUGAGAAAGAAGUUAAAGAGUAUGCUCAAGUUUUUGAUGGACAUGCUGACAAAUUGAUUGAGGUUGCCAACUUGGCCUGCUCCAUCUCAAAUAAUGAAGAAGGUGUAAAGCUUGUUCGAAUGUCUGCAAGCCAGUUAGAAGCCCUCUGUCCUCAGGUUAUCAAUGCUGCAUUGGCUUUAGCAGCAAAACCACAGAGUAAACUGGCCCAAGAGAACAUGGAUCUUUUUAAAGAACAAUGGGAAAAACAAGUCUGUGUUCUCACAGAUGCUGUCAAUGACAUAACUUCCGCUGAUGACUUCUUGGCUGUCUCAGAGAAUCACAGUUUGGAAGAUGUGAACAGAUGUGUCAUUGCUCUCCAAGAGAAGGAUGUGGAUGGCCUGGACCGCACAGCUGGUGCAAUUAGAGGCUGGGCAGCCUGGGUCAUUCACAUAAUCACCUCAGAGAUGGACAAUGAUGAGCCAGGAGUCUACACAGAGAAGGUUCUGGAAGCCGCUAAGCUGCUCUCUAACACAGUCAUGCCACGUUUCACUGAGCAAGUAGAAGCAGCCAUGGAAGCCCUCAGCUCAGACCCUGGCCAACUCAUGGAUGAGAAUGAGUUUAUCGAUGCCUCCUGCCUGGUAUAUGAUGGCAUCUGGGACAUCAGGAAAGCAGUGCUGAUGAUAAGAACCCCUGAGGAGUUCGAUGACUCUGGCUUUGAGACGGAAGAUUUCGAUGUUGGAAGUAGGACGAGCGUCCAGACAGAAGACAAUCAGCUGAUAGCUGACCAGAGUGCCCGGGUGAUCAUGGCUCAGCUUCCCCAGGGGCAGAAAGUGAAGAUUGCAGAACAGGUGGCCAGCUUCCAGGAAGAAAAGAGCAAGCUGGAUGCUGAAGUGUCCAAAUGGGACGACAGUGGCAAUGACAUCAUUGUACUAGCCAAGCAGAUGUGCAUGAUUAUGUUGGAGAUGACUGGCUUUACCUGAGGUAAAGGACCACUCAAAAAUACAUCAGAUGUCAUCAGUGCUGCCAAGAAAAUUGCUGAGACAGGAUCCAGGAUGGAGAAGCUUGGCCACACCAUCACAAACCACUGCCCCGACUCGGCCUGCAAGCAGGACCUGCUGGUCUACGUGCACCGCAUUGCCCUCUACUGCCACCAGCCCAAUAUCUGUUGUAAGGUCAAGGCCGAGGUACAGAAUCUCAGCGGGGAGCUCGUUGUCUCUGGGGUGGACAGCACCAUGUCCCUGAUCCAGGCAGCCAAGAACUUGAUGAAUGCUGUGGUCCAGACAGUGAAGACAUCUUACGUCGCCUCUACCAAAUACCAAAAGUCUCAGGGUAUGGCUUCCCUCAGCCUUCCUGCUGGGUCAUGGAAGAUGAAGGCAUCAGAGAAAAAGCCCUUGAUGAAGAGAGAGAAACAGGAUGAGACACAGACCAAGAUUAAAUGGGCAUCUCAGAAGAAGCACGUGAACCCGGUGCAGGCCCUCAGCGAGUUCAAAGCCAUGGACAGCAUCUAGGUCUGCCCAG